UGCUUUCGGCAGUAGAUUCAACACGCAAAUACACGACGUUCUUGCAAGCAGAACCGACCAUGCGAUGAAUUCUCUGCCACUGUCGCGAUCGUCCCGCUUCGAAUGAUGCCAAAGACUCGAUCGCAGAAACGAGCGGCUUCCCAGGUCGAAGCCUCUCCAGUCCAGCCGGUCCCUGCUAAACGAGCUAGACAGCGAUCUACUACGGCCACGAACACCAUCACGGACAGGAAUACAAACGAGGGUGUUCGACACGCCAAGUAUGGAAAUUCGAGCGGACUAGACUUGGCUCCUCGACGGAAAGGCAAGGAAUCUGAACGGACAACACUCGUUCCAGCCUCGCUGUCAAAGCCAUCUUCAUCCUCAUCAACUGCUCUAAAACCCCAAAGGAGGGCGGAUCGAUGUCACGUGUACUUAGCAGGACCCGAAGAUUUCCGUAUGGGCCUGAACGAGCAGGAAAACGAGCAGCUGGAGGUGGCUGCCGAGGAAUUGCUGGUACAGGGGAAGAAGCUGGCACAUAUCGAAAUGCAGGAUCUGAGGCGGAAGGCAGGAAGUGGACGGAAUGGACCCAGGCCCAUCGACGGGGAUAGGAGGGAACAUGAGAGUAUGUCGUGGACGGAGUCGUUUUGGAGGCCUAUGGAAAUGCCAGAGUGCCGCACGUUAGACUACACCUUUGGCCCGAGAACAUGGCGGUACUCGGCGCCUCCGUUACCCACCGCUCUGGACCUCACAGUUAUCGGCGGUAGCGGGAAAGAUUACAGGAUGAUUCCGAACACGGUGGGAAUCCCAGAAUGGAGAAGAACAACGGCAGCCGAGUCGUUCCAGCUGUAUCGACCGGAACAAUCCAUAGUCAAUCGGGUCGAAGCGGCAGAGUCUCACGACAUCCUAGAAACUCCUCUUGCACACACAUCCGCUCAGGCCAGAGGUCCUAUGAUUUUAUUAUCCCCCUUGAGCCUACUAGGUCCUUCCCCAGAGGCCGGACCGUCCCGCAUCUCGAGAGAGGCCCGACCUCCCGAUCUCGAAUGGCUCGACCCGGAACUGGACAAUCUGCCCGACUUUGAAUGGGGUUGGGACAAAGGUCUCCAGAGCCGUCAGAGCGAUACACAGCGAGAAAGCUUGACGAUCUGGAGGCAAUCUUUGAGUGGAUCGCAAAGUCAGAUCCAGCGGAGCAAAGAGGUUCGACCUCCAGAGGGUCCGUCAGAGCGAAUGACGACCGGGAUGGUUUCUUACCUGACAGAUCCGUCUAUCGUAGACGAGACUAUCACUCAAGCCAAUCCAACUCUUGGUUCAGGGCCGGUAGAAUCGCACUAUCAACCGCUCCCACUGCGUCUUGCCCCAUUCGAAAUCCCGACGGAUAAAUCAUCGGGACCGUCAGUACUCCCGCCUAAGGAGCCCCCUGCGAAACAGACCAAGUCUCGGAAAAAGGCCGUCAAGCAGAAUAUGCCAGAAACGAUCAAAGAUGUCAAGCCGAUGAAGCAAGAGUUGUCGCCAUUCGUCUUGCGGUCUCUGCACCAAGAGCCAGAGGCCCUCAAGAUGGCCGAUGAGACGCAUGUUGACGACGACGUUGGAGCUCUGAGCGCAUUGUCCCAGGUCGACCUGAUUUCGAAGCCUGUCACGGACGCAGACGCGUCAAGGUUGCCGGAUACGGGAGUCGUACAUCCUCAGGAAUAUAAGGAGCUGCUCAGGGAAAGUCCAGAGGCAAUGUCUCUACGAGAUCAAGCGCCAUCGGCCCCCUGUGCGGACAAGGUAAAAUCGUGGAUGAAGACCCAUCGAAGCUGGGCUCGAGGUCUCAUCUCGCGAGAUCGACGGUUCGGCAAAUACGUUGACAUGUUACCCGAGCCCGUUAAUUUGCACGUGCCCGAGGACGGCCCAGCCUAUACCCAGAUCGCAAACCAGGCCAUCGGUGCGCCCAUCAAGAUGCCUUCAACUCCACACCCUUUUCAUCCCGACCUGGCAGGCCUCGUCAAGACCCAGCCCAGAUUGAGAGUACGAUGGGCUAUCCCCAUUCACGGACCUGUACUCUUGAUGACAGAACACGAUGUACAACACAAAUUCUGGCCAUCGCCAGCUAUAAUUACGACGCACGACAAACUGCAUGAAGGCUACAAAAAACUGGACGAGCAGAUCACUGCAGAGAGCCGACUUAGAAACCGGCGCGAGGUCUUGAUCUGGACGCCCGAUGCCAUGGCCAGGUUCUGGAAAGAGACGGCCAAGUUGCGGAGCCGAGGCACAUGUGGACCUCUUUCAAUCAGUUCUUCUGGUCCCUAUCCAGACCCUUUCCGACCGGUGUCAUCGCCGUGGUCUGUAGUGUCGCAUCGGUUGGCACAACUCGAGUCGACCUUGGUCUCACAGCCACCUGUCCGCAUGUUCGCCGGUGAUCACCUGCGCAUCGGUUGUGAUCUGGAGCACGCCCUGAUCUUUAGAAUGUGGCUUGGCACCCGAAAUUUCGGCUUUCCAUCUACCACCGCUCACGCAGAUCAGGAUAAAAGAGCUCGAAUUACGGGAGAGAACCCUUUCUUGCGCGUCAAGCUCUGCCUGGUAGGACCACUUGGAGAGGUACUGGCUGUGAUAUGACCUCGGUCGAUUUUGAUUUCGCUAUCAAUCCUUGUCCCAUCGCUCGUUCAUCAUGUGUUAUCAAACCAAAACUUGCACAAAGAGACCAAUGCCACAAUGGGCUUUUUAUUCCAUCGCUACCUUCUGGCGAUUGAUCAAGCCAAGAUAUCUGCCAAUGCUGCAUCAGCAGCCUGGUCAAUUGGCGGCGGUGCUGGCGGGGCCUCGCCUGGUGGGAAGAACUCUUCCUCCGGCACGCUUGCGGUAAGAAUGGUCCUUCCACCGAAUUGCCUUCCGGCAAUCUGCUGAAUAGCGCGACUCUGCGGAAUCAUCGA